GUACAGUCGAAUGUCUUAAGUGGGGGUCUACCCAACUGUUAUCCUGUGCUUGACAGACUUUGCGUUUGUUAUUAUGACAAUCUGGACAAUGGCUCAUCAGAGGACUUUACCACAGAGCAAGGAAGCCCUUCUUAAGUCCUACACAGGAAGGCUGAAAGACGACGUUAAGUCCAUGCUUGAAAACUUCGAAGAGAUAGUCAAGUUGGCGAAAGGAGAAAACGAGACACAGUUGACGCGCUUCACUCAGGCUGAGCAAGACACGUACGAGAUGCAUGUCCGAGCAGCGAACAUGGUCCGAGCAGGCGAAUCGCUCAUGAAGUUAGUCUCUGACAUAAAGCAAUACUUGAUCCUAAACGACUUCCCGUCCGUUAACGAAAGCAUCUCGCAGAAUUCCAAGCUGUAUCGCAGCAAGCAACAAGAGUGCGAUCAAAAACUUAUGAACCUGCGCGACGACAUGGCCGCAGACCUUUACGACCUAGAGGAAGAAUAUUACAAUUCAAUAUAUAAAGUCUAGCGUUUAAAGUCACGGUCGCCAUCUGUUUAUAUAUAUGUUUAUAUUGAUCAUUGUAUUUAUAAUUUAUUAAAAAAAAUUUAACUGUA